AGUGAAUGCCACCCACUUUGUAUAAAAUGUUUUAAUAAUAUUUCAUAUUUUGCUAUAGAGGACAGAAAAGGACUUGAUAAAUACACAAAUAAACAAACAUUUAUAAACGUGGAAAUUUCCGAGAUAAAUACAAGUAUUUAGCCCAAAUAAAGUAAAUGCACAAUUAAAUUAAAGGGAUUUGUUGAAUGAUGCUCUUUUUUAUUGACUAAAAUUAGGCAAACAUUUUUUAAGUUUCACCAGAUCCGUUAUAAUAAUAAAAAACAUUUUUUUAGUAAAGUAUAAAUCUGUAUUCAUGAAACAGUGAGUUAAUUAUUUAUUUAUAUUGAACAGUAAACUCUGGAAUUAACUGCUUUCAGACACUAGAUGGCGAUAAAGAAGCUCCCCCCCGCCCCCGCCCCCGCUUCUCCAAUUGGUCAGAAAUGAAACGAGAAGCUGGUGAUUGAUUGGUCGCACAUUUGAAUUGUUUUGGUUUUGGGUUUUUUUUGUCAGUGGCAGUUGACGUUGAGAAAGCGGACCAAUCAGCGCGCGGCUCAGAGCUGCUUUUUUUAGGUGGUGUAAUUUCUCAGCGAUUACAAUUAAAUCUUAAUAAUUGGAUCCUGUAGCCAGCAGUCAGGCAGAGGGAGUUCAGGUGAUAUCUGCUGAUGUGUGUUUCAGUGUUUAUUCCCAGGAGAACAGCGGUAGUAACGGACACACACACGCGCGCGCUGAGGACUGAAGGAAAAGCUGACGUUGUGUUCAGUGUUUAACUGACAUCAUGUCUUUCCUGUCUCGGAACAACACACACUACUGUGAGUCUAAAGCUCCAGGUAGAGGGACUGGACCUGAUAACCAGGAAGAUGUUCAUCAUGGUAAGAGAACUCCAUCCUCUCCACACGGAGCUCCUCAGAAAAGAUCUGCAUUUAAUGACCUUACAAACACCAAAAAAGUCCAGAAUGAUGCUCAAGUGAAGAACCUUAAACUAGUGAAGAAAACACAGAGGAACAAAGUGGUGAUGAAGAAUAAGAAUACACUGAAUGUGUCUAAAUAUCUUACACCUGAGGAGCAUCAUGUGGAUCAUGUGGAUCAGCCAGAACAGGUGGAUUGUGUGGAUCAGACUGAGUUGUCAACAUCAGCAGACACUGGAACAUCUCAUCCUGUGGAGCAGCCUGCAGUCCAAGAACAACAGAUCCCAGAAGAGUUUGAUGUUGAUCAUGAGCAUGUUGGUGACUGUUUGAUGAGUCCGGAGUACGCUAAAGAUAUUUUUGAUUACCUCCGUUACAGAGAGGAGAAAUUUGUUCUGACUGAUUACAUGCACACUCAGCCAGAUUUAAACGCAAGUAUGAGAGGAAUUCUAAUCGACUGGAUGGUGGAAGUUCAGGAGAACUUUGAGCUGAACCAUGAGACUCUGUACCUGGCUGUGAAGGUGACUGAUCAUUACCUGUCCGUCACAGAGGUGAUGAGAGAAUCCCUGCAGCUGAUUGGCUCCACCGCAAUGCUCCUCGCUGCCAAGUUUGAAGAACGUUCUCCUCCCACCAUCAAUGAUUUCCUGUACAUCUGUGACGACGCCUACCAGAGACAGGAGUUCCUUGUUAUGGAAAGAAACAUCCUCCAAGAACUCGACUUUGACAUUAACAUCCCUGUGCCUUACAGAUUCCUCCGACGAUACGCGAAGGUAGCUCAUGCUAGCAUGGAGACAUUAACUUUAGCACGUUACGUGUGUGAACUGAGCCUGAUGGAACUGGAGCUGGUUCCUGAGAGAGCUUCACACUUAGCGUCUGCUUGCCUCCUCCUCGCCCUCAUCACCGCCCGGCUGGGAGGAUGGACGGCGGCGCUGCAGUACCACAGCGGAUACACACUGAGGGAACUCGGGCCGCUGGUGAGGAAGCUGUAUGCCAUGCUGGCCAGUCCUGCAGAUGAGAACCUCAGAGCUGUGGAGAACAAAUACUCUCACAAAGUUUUCUAUGAAGUUGCUAAAAUGUCGCUGGUGCACAUCGAGACGUUGGAAGAAGCUCUGUGUGACGUGAACCUCACGCCGUGAUGAAGGAAACAAACCGAUUUCAAAUCUGUUCUGCUGUAAAUAUUAUUUAUUUGUAAAUGUGUAAUUGUUGUAGUUUUGUACUUUUGACUCCAAAAGAUUUAAAUUUCUAUCAUGUUUGUAUUUUAAAUGAAUCAGAAACGAAGCCUUGUCAUCAGAUUAGUGAGUAAAUAUCUUCAAGCGACGACUGAAGACCUUCAUCUUCCUGAAAUACCUAGAUUAGCACUUUCCAAGUUUGUAGAAUUCGAGUUAUAUUUAUACUGAGUUUGUAUUCUUGCGUACCAGUGUAGAUUUAUUCACUACUAGAGAUUUAAAGCACUUUUGUACGUCGCUCUGGAUAAGAGCUUCUGCUAAAUGCCGCAAAUGUAAAUGUAAAUGACCAAGACUCUGAUAUUUAAUUCACUGUCUUUAUCAGACAAUCACUUCACGGUCUCAUCUAAAAAUAAACUCAGAUCUUACAGAGAGCAAA